UCUGAGCUCCGAGCACCAGGCGGCAGUAACGUUCUCCAGUCGCCCCUUGCAACCAAGCGACACGAAGCAGCAGCAGCGUCCGACACGCGAAGAAGAGAGUUCAAAGUUCAUCAGUGUUUUGCCCUCGUGUGUUCGACGCUUACAGCCCAGAGUGACUUAGAAACACACGAGCCAUCGAUUCAUAUUUAAUUCCAGGUGUCGUCUGUGAAUAGGUUGCCAUGGCUUCCUACACUUGCAUCAGCUGUCGAGUGGCCUUUGCGGACGGUGAGGUGCAGCGGGCCCACUACAAAACAGACUGGCACCGUUACAAUCUAAAGCGCAAGGUGGCUGACAUGCCCCCGGUGACUGCUGAGAACUUCCAAGAGCGGGUUUUGGCUCAAAGGGUCGCCGCUGAGAAGCAGCUAGACGAUGCAUCGGUCACUGAAGGAUGCACCAUCUGCAACAAGAAAUUCUCCAGCGUCAACGCGUACCAGAACCACCUGCAGUCCCACAAACACCAGCAGGCAGAGAAGCAAGCCCUGCUGGACGCCCAGAAGAAGGUGGACAAGAUGAAUGAGAAGAACCUCGAGAAGGGACUCGGUGAUGAGAAGGUGGACCAUGAUGCCAGGAACGAGGCUUUGCAGCAAGUACUCAAAGCAAACUGUAGUCCAGCCAAGCAGAGGAAGACCCAGGUUUCAGAAGAAGCUUUAAAACAGGGAGCGGAAAAGCCAGACAAACCUCCCAGAAUGAUAUGGCUGGAGGAACAAGCAAAGAGGCGAGAGAAGGAAGAGGGAGCCACAGGUGAAGAAGAGGAGUGGGAGGACGUUGAUGAGGAAGACGAGGAUGACGACAUGGAAGAGGAUGAAGAUGUCGAGGAGACAAUGGAUCAGGAGGAGGCAGACUGUUCAAAUCCCUCUGGCCCCCACUCAGCUCGUCUUCCCGGCUCCAUUCACUUCACAGACUGCCUGUUCUGCUCUCACCACUCAAAGUCACUUAUGAAGAAUGUUGCCCACAUGACAAACGUUCACAGCUUCUUCAUCCCUGACGUGGAGUUUCUGGUGGAUGUUAAGGGCCUUAUUUCGUACCUGGGAGAAAAGGUCGGUGCUGGAAACGUGUGUUUAUGGUGUAACGAGAAGGGCCGCUCAUUUUACUCCACAGAGGCCGUUCAGAGUCAUAUGACAGACAAGAGCCAUUGUAAACUUUACACAGAUGGUGACGCUGCACUUGAGUUUGCAGACUUUUAUGACUUCAGGAGCAGCUACCCUGACAGGAAAGAGGGAGAAGAUGCCCAAGUGGACGAGGAGCUGCCUGAAGAGAAGAACCUGGAGUAUGACGAUGAAACGCUGGAGCUGACUCUUCCCUCAGGUGCAAAGAUUGGCCAUCGCUCCCUCAUGAGAUACUACAAACAGAGGUUUGGUGCCCAGAGAGCGGUGGUUCUGGCCCACAACAAGAACGCAGUUGGCAGAGUCUUACGCCAGUACAAAGCCCUCGGCUGGGGAGGAGGUGGAGGCAACGGCCUCUUACAACAGAAACAGAAAGACAUGCAGUAUGUGCAGAUGAUGAAAUCAAAGUGGAUGCUGAGAAUGGGCAUGAGCCACAACGUCACCAGGCAGAAGCACUUCAGAGCCCAAGUGAUGUUCUAAACUCAACACACGAGAUGUGAGACGGACUAGUGGGUUUUAAACUGAACAUCCGACACGUCAUUUCUCACAUGACAGGACUUUUUACUACAGGCUCAAGUUUAACUCUAAAACCUGUGGCAGGAACGUCUUGUUCACCUCGUAUCUAAUAUCGACCGUAUUGAGUUUAACGCAAGCUCUGCUCCCUCUUAUGACUGGUGGAGGUGGUUUUGCUUGUUGGACUCGAUUCACUUACAAUCCCACUUGAUUUGUAAUCUUCAUCUUCAUUAUUAAAGCUGACGAUACAUCCAAAUAAA